GCGACCCUCCGGCGGGGGCGCCGCGGCUGCAGGCGGGGGGCGCGGGAUGGGUCCGGCGGGGGCGCGGGCCGGGCUCUGAGCUGCAGCAUCCCCCGGCCGGAAGGAGGAGGAGGAGGAGGAGGAGGAGGCCUCCCGCCGCCGCCGCCGCCAUGGCCAUGGCCACCGAGCUGGAGCCCGCCGCCGGGCCGGCAGGAGCGCCGCUGGACGCCGACGACGACGACGAGGAGCACUGGCUGUACGGAGGAUAUAGUGUGCUGAGACAAGCAGAGAAUGCUUAUGGGAUAUUUUACCUUUUGAGUUUGGAACAAGUGUCCAGUUGUAUUCCAGAUGAUAGUGGUAAGCAAGAAGAUGGACCGAUCCCUGGACACUCCGAAUCACAUACUUUACAAGAUGUUGCCCAGGAGAGCAGGAUUGUCAACUGUGAAGACCGAGAGCUGUUGCAGCAGGCUCUUCCCAGUGGCGAAGAUGACGAGGAAGACAGCGAGAGUGAUAGUGACGACGAUGACAUCCGAGUCACCAUCGGUAACAUCAAAACUGGCGCCCCAUCUUACAUCAUUUUUCCUCUGCAACCUGUAACAGUACAGACCACGCUGCUGCCUCCCCCACCCAUUCGUCUGAAGCUCCGGCUCCAGCCACUUCCCCCUCCUCACUUUUCCUGCCUUUUCCCAGGUGCUGACCUCUCUGACUAUUUCAACUACGGGUUCAACGAGGAAACGUGGAAAGCUUACUGCGAAAAGCAGCGUCGGCUUCAGCUCGGCCUGGAGCCCUCGGCCCCCGUCAACACCGAGAAUAAAAUCACGGUUCAGCAAGGAAGGAUAGGAAAUGCAGAAAAAGAACCGGAGAACAAUAUCGUCAAAAUGGAUUUUAAGACGGAUUUUGUGGCCCUUGUCGGUGGGCGGAUGAAAGCUGGGCCUCCCCCUAACAGGAAGCUGGGUGGGACCAUCGAUGUGAUUGGCGGGCAGGCAGGCACCAUCCGAAGGGUGGAAGGAAGGCGCCGCGACAAGCAUGCCUCUGAGGAGAACCCCAUUCAGGUUCUUGGGGAUCAUGGGAGCAAAUCGCAGCCCCCGCAACAGCCUCAGCAGCCAUCGCAGCCUCAACAGCCUCCUCAACAACAGCCGUUUGCGCCACCGACGGGGCCUCCGCCGCCCAUAGGGGGCCCUCCUCCUCCUCCGCACUUUCUCCAUCCGCCUCCGCCUCCGGUUACCUCUGUCCCGCCCCCUCUCCAUCCGCCAGGUCUUCCACCACCCGGCCCCAUUCCAGGGCUGUUCCCUCCACCUCUUGCUCCACCGCCUGCUCUCCUCAUCCCGACGUUAGAUGGCCAGCCUGCCAGCUACAGCAACCGACAGGGACCCCCAUUUGGCUACAGCUCCGCAGAUUCAGGUUUCAUCAGCUACCCACCUAUUUCCACGUCUCAUGCGCCCUGGGUGACCACCGUGGACAAGGCCUCCAGCGCUUCUGACGGUGGUCACUGGGAGUACUCUGGUUCAAGGAGGGAGAGGGAAAGAGAUCGUGCCCGGACCCCCACCGCCAGUGAAUACAACAAUGAUGAUGAACGGUAUCGUUACUACAGCCGGGAGCGCAGUUACGAUUUUGAGCGGGACUACCGCAGGAGCCGGGAGCGCAGCCGGGAGCGGGAAGAUCGCCAUCGGGAGCGAAGGCACCGGGACAAAGAGGAGGGCGGCAAACACAAGUCCUCCCGCCGGAAACAGCACGAGGGCGAGGAAGGGGAGAGCCAUCGGCGCCACAAGCACAGAAAGAACAAGCGCAGCAAGGAAGAGAAGGAGGCCAGCGAGGACGGAGUUCCCGAGGGGAAUGAGCAGGACUCCAAGGAGUAGCCAGUCUGGACGGGGCGUCAAAGCCGGCCAACGAUACCAGCCUGCUGCUCUCCUGGGACUUCUUCCUGUUUCCCAGGAAAACGCCUGCCGACGGGGAGCCCAGCGGAUUACGGAUUGCCCACACUUUUUGGACAGAACAGCCCAGCAGUAACUGAGCACCGAGGGCUGCUUCAUCACGUCGGAUGUUGUGCUUUCUGAUGGGAAGCGGAUUUAGCUGAAAUGAAUGGGUUUAGUUUCUUGGACAGUAUCCAGCAGCCCCGUCCCCCCACCCCACCCCCGGACAGUCGCAGGAGCUUUAUUGUCCAGAAAACAAACACAGAGACAGGUUAGGUCCUCUUAAGAGCCAGCAUAGAGCCUGGCUUCUGUUAGUCGUCCCGUUCCCCCCAGUAGCUGUCUCCUUCGAGAAACGUUUGGUAGGAAAGCCGGAGCAGCCUCCCCAGCUGCCGGCUCAGCACGGACAUCUGUAGGGUGGCCGGUUUCCCUGAGGAGUGAGCUCUUUCCCAGCAAGCAGAGCCUUCCAAUGCUGCCUGGGCUGUUUGGCUUUGGAGAAGGCCAGAGGCUUCCUUGUGCCCUGACCGGGGGUGGGGGGGGGGUGUCUCCUCCCAAAGCCUGCCUAGCUAUGGAGAGUGUCAUUUUUCAGUGGGAGGUUAGGUUUUGAUCACUCCUUGACCAGGGUCAGCAAUACUCCUGUGUUCUUGUCGUCGUUUUCCCUGAUCUCUUUAGGUUCUGGGGAGGGAUUUUUUUUUGAGGGAGUGGGAGGCAAGACCCCUCAAGAGCUCCUCUGAUGCUCAAGAGUGAAACUCACACUUCCACGUGCAUCCCACCUCUCUUCCACCCGCAGAACUUAUUUAAAAAACACUUCCUGAAGCUAUUUGAACUUUAUAUAUAUAUUUUUUGUGUUGUAGUCAUGCAACUUUGGGUGUUUGUAUGGAGCCGACGACCGUGGAGACUUGAGCCCGUUUGCCAAUGAAUUUUUGGUCCGUAUGCUAUGAUAGUGCAGAGAGCAAGUCAAAUCAAUCACUGAAAAAAUGUGUGGGAAAUAAAGCAGUUUCUUUUGGAAA